UUCUGUGUAUUACGAAUCGGCUGAGAAACGCAGAGCUAAUUGACCCACUGUUCCUGUGGCAUGGACCCAAAGGGGACGUUGUUUCAGGCUUGCCACAAAUCCAGAUUGGUGGGUUGUCCUCCUAGUGACCUGUUGGCAGAAGCAUCCAGUCAUCUUUUCCUGCCCUCUGGGGAAGAAUUUCUUUUUAUCAUUCAGUUCGCCUGUUUUUUUAUUUUUUAUGUUGUUUUUUUUUCACCCGCUCUGUUGGCAUUGUGAAGCUCUGCCUGAGGAUAAAAAUUUCUACAUAUCUGUCAUCUGGAGGACAACCAAUCAGUCUGGAUUAGUGACAGCCCACAAACAUGGAGGAAACAACAGUGUAAAAGUCACCCCAACAGGAACCCUUUCAUUCAAAGACUUCAAAGAGCCUAUGAGUGGAGUUUACACAUGUUCCCUUGAAUAUAAACCUACAGCAGAGCAAUCUGAAAAAACCCUUCUACUCAAAUAUAUUAUUUUCGCCUAUGCUGAACCAAAUUUUUACUACCAAUUCUCAGCCCGAUAUCAUUCAGCACCCUGCAACAGUAUCUACAAUGUUUCCUUUGAGAAGAAACUGCUUCAGAUUUUAAGCAAGUUGGUUGCUGACCUGUCUUGUGAGAUCGCUCUACUGAAAUCAGACUGUCAUCAUGUUAAAAUGCAGAGAGCUGGUCUUCAAAAUGAAUUGUUCUUUACAUUUUCAGUUUCCUCUCUAGAGUCUGUGAAAAGAAAAGAUCCUUGUGCAAUGAAAUCUUGUGAUACUGCCAAAAGACUAGGCAAGGCUAAAAAUCUUAUAGAGAGAUUUUUUAACCAACAAGUGGAAGUCCUGGGGAAACGUACAGAUCCAUUGCCUGAAAUAUACUAUAUCGAAGGAACUCUCAAAAUGGUGUGGAUUAAUCGCUGCUAUCCAGGAUAUGGGAUCAAUAUUCAGUUGCAUCCAAAUUGUCCUGAUUGUUGUGUGAUCUGCAGCCCAGGAACAUUCAAUCCCCAAGAUGGAGUUCAUUGUCUUCAAUGCAACAACAGCUCAAUAUUCGGAGCAAGGAAUUGCUAAACUAUCAGGAUUUUGUGCAUCUUAAUGGUUCCCAGUUUCUUUAAUUUAACAUGGUAAUAUAACCAUUUCAGCUCUAGGUAACAGUUAUUUUUUGUUACGUCAGUAAAUAAGUUCACUGAAAAA